AUAGAUUUUGACGAAUUAUUAGAAGAGUUUAUUAUUUUAUUGAUUUAUUUUGAUAAUUAUAUUUUAUUUUACUAUAAAAUGAAAGCAUCCAGACUGGGAUCCGUCCAAUCAAUAAAAUCCAUUCGGUCCCUUAAAUCUGUGCACAGUACUUUGGGUGAUGAUAUGAAAAAAAAAUUUGAGACAUAUCUCCCUGUAGUUUGCAAAAAUUUUCCUAACGAAAUUCCUUACCCCGUCAUUGUUAAGAAGGAAUAUCAGCGCGAUGACUUUUUUCAAACACUUAAACAAGAAGAAACUGUUAAAUAUAAAAAGAUAACUGUUAAACUUAAUGAUAUAGUCAAUAAAGCUAUUUCACAAGUAGACGUAGAAAAACAUGAUGAAAAAUUAACAACUGGUGCUAGCACUGACUCCGAAUUAUUAGCCAAAGGGAAUACUAUUUUAAUUACUGCUUUAUAUGACAAUAUGAAACGUCUCGCUGAAAUAGUGAUUUACGAUAUGAAAGUGCCAAGAGGGUUAAUUCAAAUUAUAGGGUACUUAGCACCGUCAUAUAAGUUGAUCAAGUUGACGAUACGGUCUUGUCGUAUUGAUUUGUAUACGAUUCACGAAUUAGCUAAAAAGCUUCCGCUAUCUUCAAUUACCGAUGUAUGCCUGGAUGGAUCCUUAAUACCAGAAGGAAACUUUUAUAUUUUAUUGGACACUAAAUAUGUGAGGUUAAAUAUUUCUCUAUGCAGAUGUCAAAUCAACGAUGAAGUUUGUAAGUUGAUCGCAUUGAAAUUAUGCAACCCGUGUCCAGCCGAGAAGAGUUUAUUGCUUCUGAAUCUGACAUCUAAUCACAUAACGGAUACAGGAGCGAAAUAUUUAAGUCAAGCUCUAAGAACAAACAGACAUUUGCGGUAUUUGAACUUAACAGAUAACCGUAUUGGUGAUGACGGAGCUGGCUGCAUAUUUGACAUUUUAAAACGUUUUCCCUUAACGUAUGAUGAAAACACAAAUAAACGGAAUAGGUAUAUGGAAUAUUUAAAAACGAGAAAUGCAGUGUAUCUAAAGUACUUGGAUGAAUUAUAUGCUAAUAGAUCAUAUGACGAAUAUAGUCAGAGUAGUAAAAUAAAUAAAAAAAAGAAAACUUCCGCAACAUUUCUGAAGAGUAGAGCUAGUUCAAGGCAAGAAUCUAAAAAAGAAAAAAUGCCCAUUAGCUUGGAAGAAAGUAAAUGUAGAGCAGAAAUGAUAGCUAGGGAGUUGGUUGGACCGUUCCGUCAUCCAUUUAAUAGUGGUUCCGUAAAGUUGGAAGAUGGCCAGUAUUACUGUGUUGGUAAUAUGGUACUUUGUUAUUUGAAUUUAUCCUACAACAAUUUGACCUAUUUGACUGUCAAUAAACUUUAUAGUGUAUUACAAUAUCAAUCUGAAGCAAAAAAACUGAAUGAAACUGGAUUAAUGAAAGUUAUUUUAGACGGCAAUUACAUGCCAAUAAUUUGUGAAGAAUAUAAUAUUAUUGUUAAAUUUUUAAAUAAAAGUUUAUCUAAUUUUGGAGGAAAACUGUUUUCAGAAAUUGGUAAAAGAAAAGGUCGUAUUGGUGCAAGAAUAUCAAUGGUACCUGAACGUAAUAUACCUAAGAAAUAAAAAGUCAU